AUGUCCCGUCCAGGGCUGACGGCCCCAGGCCUGAAGGUGCUGCUCCCAGCCAGCUCUGAGGGGGUGCUAGCAGUCACCAUCCACUUCCUGAAUUCUAAGAUGCACGCGUUUUUCUUCAUGGUGCUGAAACGGAUUUGGGUCUUACACUUGACGUGUUACUUUAGUGCCCCCUUUCAAAGGUCUCAGCAUCCGCACGCUACCUCCUGCCGCCACUUCCACCUGGGCCCCCUGCAGCCGCAGCAGCUCGCGCCCGACUUCCCCCUGGCCCACCCCGUGCAGUCACAGCCGGGCCUCAGCGCCCACAUGGCCCCGGCCCACCAGCACAGCGGCGCCCUGCACCAGUCCCUGACCCCGCUGCCCACCCUGCAGUUCCAGGAUGUCACAGGUCCCUCCUUCCUACCUCAGGCCCUGCACCAGCAAUACCUCCUGCAGCAGCAGCUCCUGGAAGCCCAGCACCGCCGGCUCGUCUCGCACCCCAGGCGGAGUCAGGAGCGCGUGUCUGUCCACCCCCACCGACUCUACCCCAGCUUCGACUUCGGCCACCAACUCCAGACACCUCAGCCCAGGUAUUUGGCUGAGGGCACUGACUGGGAUCUCAGUGUGGACGCCAGCUUGAGCCCUGCUCAGUUCCAGGUGCGGCCCAUCCUUCAGCACUAUCAGCAUUACCUAGCGACGCCUCGAAUGCACCACUUUCCCAGAAACUCCUCCUCCACGCAGAUGGUUGUCCAUGAAAUCCGAAACUACCCUUACCCUCAGCUUCACUUCCUUGCUCUCCAGGGACUGAACCCCAGCAGACACAUCUCUGCUGUGCGGGAGAGCUAUGAGGAGCUGCUGCAGCUUGAGGACAGGUUGGGAAAUGUGACUCGAGGAGCUGUACAGAACACCAUUGAGAGGUUCACCUUCCCCCACAAGUACAAGAAGAGAAGACCCCAGAAUGGCAAGGGCAAGAAGGAAGAGGGGGAGGAGUCAGACACGGACGAGAAAUGCACAAUUUGUCUGUCUAUCUGUGUGGACCAGUGGCUCGCCAUGAGCAAGAAAUGCCCCAUCUGCCGGGUGGACAUUGAGACACAACUGGGAGCUGACAGCUGA